AUGUCGUCACAAUCAUCAUCGUCAUCAAACUUCUCCUUUCUACCACAGGGGGCCAUCAUUCAAGAAUUCAAAGUCGGUGGUCAAAACAUCGUCUUGGGUUUCCCCAAACCUGAACCUUACGCCGACUCUCCCUUUUUCGGAGAGACGAUCGGUCGUGUCGCCAACCGGAUCAAAAAUGCAGAGUUCAAGUUGAACGGCGGCAAGACUUACAAGUUGGCCGCCAACAACGGUCCAAAUUCCUUGCACGGAGGGGCUCAAGGCUGGGGCAAGAAGAAGUUUCAAGGCCCCAAGCCCGUGAACAGAAACGGCAAGGAAGGCGUUUUGUUCACGUACCUGUCGCCCGACGGAGAGGAAGGUUACCCUGGAACCGUGGAAUUAAAGGUUUGGUACACCGCCUGGACCGAGGACGAAGAUGGUGUGUCAAAGACGGUGUUGCAGACCGAGUACGAAGUGGAACUGGUAGGGGACGAGUGUGACGAGACGGUCGUCAACAUAACCAACCAUGGUUAUUUCAACAUCACCGAUGGACCGACAAUCGAGGGCACAAAAGUUGUCCUUCAUACUUCGAAACACUUACCCGUAGACGACACCGAUAUCCCUCUGGGGACCGUUCGAGACUUUCCAGGCAUCGAGGCGGAGAGACCUUUUGUGCUGGGUCCACAGGAACCAGACGUCGACCACUGUUUCGUCGUGGACACCGACACCAAAGAUUUGCCCCUGGACACUCGACAGAGACCACUGAAACCGUUGAUCAGCGUGUCGCAUCCAAAGACCAAAAUCCACCUCGACAUCUUCAGCACCGAACCCUCUUUCCAGUUUUACACGGGCAAGUACAUCAACCAGCCCGCGACGGCAGACACUCCCGCGCGAGGGGCUAGGGCAGGAUUUUGCGUCGAGCCCGGUCGAUUCAUCAACGCGGUCAACGUGCCAGACUGGGAGAAUCAAGUCGUGUUGAAACGCGGUCAGACCUGGGGCGCCAAGACCGUGCACAAGGCUUGGAAGGCCUAG